UAAUGUUACUCAUUACAAAAUUUUCAGUUUCAUUCAGUGUUCACAUCAUCAUAUAUUUUAUAUUUAAUUCAAACCUUGUUAGAGCAGAUGGUAUUAUUCUGGAAAAUAUGACACAACUUUUAAAAGGACCUUACAGACCUGACAAACAUACAUUCUCUAAGCAUCUAGUUUCAAUUAGAGGAAAUAAAAUUUUCCUUAUAUACGGCGACAAUCAUAUUUGUGGAGGGUCUAUCAUGUCACCAGAUGUUAUAGUUACGGCUGCUCACUGCCUUGUAGAUUUGAAAAAAGGAACUGUAUUUGAUUCUGAACGUUUUGUUGUUGUUGCAGGAAACCCAUUUAUGUUUCAGCGAUCAAAUACAACCCAAACCAUGCAUAUAAAAACAGUUAUUAUACAUCCACUAUACAAUGCAAGUAAAUACGAUUAUGAUAUUGGUAUCUUGAAACUUCUUGGAAAUUUAAAUGAAGACACCAAUAAUGUACUUAGAAUCCCAUUAGCUAAAUUAAGACCUUCUUCAACUACAAUGUGUACAACGAUAGGCUGGGGAAAGUUAUUCUAUAUGGGACCAUUGACAGAUGAAGUACUAUAUGUUGAUGUUAUGGUGUGGGAGUAUGAAAAAUGCUUACAACGUAUGCCCAUGAUAACUACACAUAUGUUAUGUGCCAACCAUUUAUCAUCUUUUGCAAAAGAUGCUUGCUCUGGAGAUUCUGGCGGCCCACUUAUCUGUGGUGGCGAACUAGCAGGUAUUGUAUCAUUUGGUGUAGGUUGUGGCUUUCCUGGCUUUCCAUGCGUUUAUACAGAUGUGGCAUAUUUUAGAGAUUGGUUAAUUGAAAAUACUGCUGUCGAUUUAAUUUUAGGUAAUCACUUACUAUAUUUUCAUGAACGAAAAAGUACAUCCAUGUAUUAA